AUGAAUAACACUAUUUGCGAACUUGUCUCUACCACCCGUGGUCAAGCCAAAAUUAAUGUAAAUGGUUACCUUCUAGUCAAAGACAAGAACCGCAAUAACUCGUUUUAUUGGUGUUGCGAAAAACGUGGUACGAUGUAUUGCAAUGGUCGAGCAGUUACAAGAUUGGUUAAUGGACAACAUCAUCUCCAAAAGACUACCGACCAUAAUCACGGUGCGGAAGCGAGUCGACUCGCCGUUAUAAAAGCUGUUAAUACUGUAAAGAAGAGAGCAAGAGAAACAAGCGAGCCGCCAGCACAAAUAGUUCAAACCGUGACUGCUAGCACUUCUCGCGAAAUACAUCCUUAUCUACCGUCCUGCAACGCACUCUGUCAAUCCGUUAAACGACUUCGGCGUUCCGAGCUUCCCGCAGAACCUAUGAAAAGUCGGGGAAAUGAUAGUCGGGAGACUGGUAAUGCGUUAGCACGAAACCUAGCAACGUCGACAAUAGAGAAAGAGGAACAGCGUAUAAAUGAAGACACGAAAGAUUUGAAGAUUGAGAUUACUGAUCGAGCCGCUCAGCAAUUGAACAUAAUAACAGCAAGAGAGAAGGAACCAAGUAAUGUGUUAAGGGUGACAGUUGAUUCUGGAGGAUGUCAUGGGUUUCAAUAUCUUUAUGAUUUGACCGAGGCGGAUAAAUUGCAGCAAGAUGACGUACUGUUUGAAAAAAAUGGAGCAAAAGUAGUGGUUGACACAACAUCUCUUGAACUAAUCAACGGAGCCAAGAUAGAUUAUACCGAAGAAUUAGUCGGCUCACAGUUUAAAGUAACCGAUAAUCCACGGGCUGCGACCGCAUGUGGGUGA